AAUACCGGCGAUAAAAUUGCCAGUAGUAAAUAGUUUACUGUUUGUAUCAGUCGUUUCAUAGUGGGAUUUAACAUGGCUUUACUUACAAUUACUGCGUUUGUUAUAUUUGCAUCCUUGCUCUAUUUUUGGGUUAAACAUAAAUAUGCUCACUGGGAGAAGAAGGGGAUCAAGUCCCCGCCAGUGGUACCUUUCAUUGGACACUUUGGAAGAAUAAUUACAUUCAAGGAAUCAAUAGACGGUUUCACAAAGAGGAUUUACGAAGACUUUCCGAAUGAGCCAGCCGUGGGGACCUACCGGUGCCUGACGCCCGCCGUGGUGCUGCGGGACCCCGAGCUCAUCAAGCAGGUCAUGAUCAAAGACUUCCCCGUGUUCGAGGACCGAGGAAUCAGGGCUCUGGACGACCCCAUCAACGACAACCUGUUCGUGGCCGAGGGCGAGACGUGGCGCAUUCUGAGGCAGAAGCUGACGCCGAUAUUUACUUCCGGCAAGCUGCGAAACAUGAUGCCACUGAUAGAUAAAUGUGUGGGGGAGUAUCUGGAGUACGUGGACGGGCUGGUGGCGCGCGGCGUGGACCACGAGGUGCGCGACCUCUCCUCCAAGUACACCCUCGAGGUCAUCGGCUCCUGCGCCUUCGGAGUCGACAUGGACGUCUUCAACGAGAAAGAAAACAUAUUCCGUGACGUCGGCAACAGAAUUUUCUCACCAUCUCUCCUCUCGAGAUUCGCACAGUUCGCUGACUUCCUAAUCCCUGGCACCCUGAAUUUCCUGCACAAAACCAAAAUCUACGACAUAAACGAGCGCACCCAAACGUUUUUCCUGAAUCUGGUCAACAAAAUCGUCGGCGAGAGAGAAGGCAGGCCGAAAUCCAGGAAAGAUUUUAUGGAUUUGAUGAUCGAGUUGAAGGAGCAGAAGUUGAUAGAAAAGCGGGAGCACGACAAGGUGGCGAAGCUGGAGAUGAGCCCGGAGCUGAUGGCGGCGCAGGCCGUGGUGUUCUACGCGGCGGGCUUCGAGACCUCCUCGGCCACCAUGUCCUUCCUCAUCCACGAGCUCGCCUUCCACCAAGACAUCCAGCAGCGCCUGCACGACGAGAUCUGCGCCGUCACAGAAAAACACGGAGGCAAGCUCACGUACGAUGCUCUCAGCGAGAUGACCUACUUAGAAAUGUGCUUUGACGAAACAUUAAGGAAAUACCCGAUCGUCGGCACUUUGAUUCGCAAAGCUCUAGUAGACUAUCAGUUCCCAGGAACCAAGCUGAAGAUCGACAAGGGAACGGUGGUGUUCUUGCCAGUGGGAGGACUUCAAAGUGACUCGCAGUACUUUGAGAACCCUGACGAGUUUGAUCCGGAGCGGUUUUCUCCUGAAAACAAGGGAAAGAUACCGCAGUGCGUGUAUAUGCCGUUUGGAGAAGGGCCGCGUCAUUGCAUAGGAAUCCGAUUCGCGAAAGUGCAGUCAAUGAUCGGCUUGGCUGCGUUUCUCAAGAGAUUUAAAGUGACUCCAUCAGACAACAGCAAGAGAGACUUGAGCUUCGACGCUAAGAGCAUAACCUUGACCAGCGAUCGCGGUAUUUGGGUAAAAAUUACUAAACGAUAAUUACUUCGGUACCUGAUUUAGGGCCACUUGCACCAACAUAUUAAAUCUCGAUUUAGUGUCAAAUUUUAUAUGGACUGACAUUUCUUAAAUCGACAUUUGACACUAAAUCUAGAUUUAAUUUGUUGGUGCAAGGGGCCCUUAGUCUUAAAACUAUACGUGUGAGUAAAGUAGACACUUCUCGUGUACAUAAUUAUAAAUGUAUAAUGAUAAGAAUCUGUUAAAAUACAGAUAUGUAGAAUAUAUCAAUACAUAGUUAUGUAAACGAGAGGUGUCUACUUAGAUAAAUUAAAAUAAUUCUUGAAUUAUUAAAACUGUGAGAAUAGAGAUAAUGAGAUUAUUUUAUAUAGUACUUUACUGAUUUCUUCUUAAAUUAUUAUGAAGUGCCUGUAAUAAUUUACGUUAAAAACAUCUGUCUGUAGUGGACAACUUUUAACAGCGAAACUGUGAUCCUGACAGCGAUGUCAUUUGUGUGAUUAAUUUGCGAGGGGCUUUUCAAAAGUUCGCCCGUGCUUAUAUAAAUUUUAAGGCUAAUGAGUGUUUCUAACUUCUUUGUAGAGCCGAGUGGGGAAAUUGUUACUUCAAAACGCAUUUCAGGCUAAUGUCCCUAGGCUAGAAUAAGCUGGUCACAAAUCCGGGAAAGCACUUACUUACUGACUUAUUGUUCGUCUCACGUGGACAACCAUUGUAAUGAUGCUUUUUGAUUGGCACUGUAAUUAAUUUAAGGUUUUCUUUUGGGAGGUGUUUUUUUAUAUAUGUUAAGUUAUUGUAGGAUUGUAAAUUUUACAUUUAAAAUUAAAUAUUUAAAAAACC